AAUGGGAAGUAUUUGUAAAUAAUAAGCACAAUAAUAAAUUGAAAUUCAAAAUGAAGUUAAACUCUCUAAAGGCUCUGAAAAAAAAGACUAACUCAAACGAAAUACUGAAACUUCUGGAGGAACUUUAUAAUAUAAUUAAAAUAGCACUAAGCAAUUUUCAAUUAAGAAAGACCCUUUGGCUAGUUAUUUGAAUGAAAGUUUAAGUGAUUCUGAUUCUGAUUCAGAACAAAGCAAACCAAAUCAAUAAAUUUUUACUAAUUUUGUUACUUUUUAAGCACUACCUUCCUAAAAAUAAAUGAUUCCCAAAUUUGAAGUGCUUAAAGAUUAAUUUAAAAAUGAAAUGCUCUAACAAAUUAAUAUGCAGAAUCAGAGAAAACAAUUUUGA